AGAGGAAUCUGCUGAGGUGGUUGCCAUAGAGAACGCAAACUUAGUUUCUCAACAACUGCUGUUAGCUUCGUUUAGCUCAUUUUAUGUCGAAAAACUAGCUAAUGCCGGUCGUCUUGUGCACCCAUCUCAAACGGACUUUCUUGUAAUAAUGGAGGCUCAAGUUCUGGGGACAACAUCCAAGUUAAAUCCUCUUGCCUUACCCAAAGGAACGGAAAAGCUAUGCGAACUUUGUCAAAGAAGAGCCUACCUGCAAUGCACCCAAUGUCGGGUCACCUUUUACUGUGAUGCAGAGCACCAGCUGGCUGACUGGGUGGGGAUCCAUGAGAGAAUUUGUCAGUUGCUUGUUCCCAUUCGCACUCCGACACUCUUUAGCCUCCACCAGGACGAAUGCAUUGAAACACAGCUUAAAAAGGUGGAGCUGAUUGAGAUUUGCAGGUUGGUGGCUCAGAGCAAGCUGUCUGAGGGGAAACACCAGGAGGCUCUGCCUGCUGCCCAGUCCUCCCUGCGUUGCUCCAUAGACGUCCAUGGCCCCAGUUCUGUGCAAUUGGUCCCUGCCUACCUGCUGCUGGCUGAGGCCAACAUGGGUUUGGGUAAUCUUGGUCUGGUGGCAGAGCUCCUGUCCCAGGCAGAGUGGGCAGUGUUGAAGAGCCCCGAAUGUGGUCAUGCAGUCCACCACCGGCUGCACAGGAGUCUGGGCCGCCUCCACACAGCGACUGGAAACCUGGAGGCAGCUCUGUUUAACUUCGCAAAUGAUAUAUACUUUGCCAGUGAGGAGUACGGUGUGGAUAGCACAGUCACCUGCACAGGCUACUUUCUCAUGGCCAAUGUGUUCGCCAGACAGGGGAAGAUGUCCAUCGCUUGUUCUCUGUACUUUGAGGUGGCACGCAUUUGGCACUGUCAUCUUACCAAACUCACUGAGACCCACAUCCAACAUGUUCAGGAUCCUGACAUGGCGUCGGAGCCCUCUUAUGAUGAAGCCCAGCGAGUUGAAGUGGAUGAAAUGUUAAGAACCAUGUUGGAGUUUGAGCAGAACAACCCCAAAAAAGACUCAGCUCAGAUUGCCCUGCUGGCCCACUGCCUGGCAAUGCUGUGGUUCCUGCGAGGAGACUCCCAGAAGGCACUGGGAUUUUGCAGCACGGCUCUGCAGGCCAGCCAGCUGAUACCAAACCAUGACCUGACAGAUCCCAUCCAGGGCCUGCUGCAGCUGGUACAGAGUGCGCGGGCAGAACCACAUCCUGGUUCUGACUAGUCACUGACUGUACCUGCCCCACCCACGCUCUGCUUGGAGAUCCGCACCAUCAGGACGUCUGAUUUAAUCCCUCACCAAUUUACUGCAUGUAUAUGUAGGAACAAAAUAAAUAAAUAAAAAAAAUGAAGUACAGAGCUUAUGAUUUCAUUUAGCCUUGUGUACUGGUAUUGUAGGUAAGAUAAUGAAAAAAUAACAGGAAAUGUAGUUUGUAGUUCUAUACUUCUAGGCAUUUACAAACCAAUAUGGAAAUG